GCGCGACUGAAAGAUGCUGUUGAAAGCUCUGGAAAAAACAAACAAACUGGACUAUAAAUUCUCACUCUUACUGGGAAAUUUCCACUUUCAACUUCUUCACCAGCUCCUGCAUUCCCACUCAGUCUCUUUAAGCACGUUGGGGUAGUGGAUGUGGUCCAUGAUGGCGGUGCCUGGGGGUUUGUUGCUGCUCUGCAUUUUGCUCAUUUUUACAGGAAGCACUUCAGGGAUACUUGUCUCCAGCUGUGAUGCAUGUCAUGACGGAGCCAGCUGCCUGCAGUCACUGGAAAGAGGCGACUCUUUAUCCAGCCAGGUGUUCUCUUGUGUGUGUAAAGAUGGCUUUGUAGGAAAUGGUCUCACCUGUUACGAUGCAAAGCUCUGCAGUGACUUGUCUUGCUGUGGCCGAGGUUAUCACUGGUCCCCAGACAGGGGCUGUGUAGACACUGACGAGUGCUCCCUCCCAGACUCACCCUGCACCCAACCUCAGGUUUGUCAAAACACCCCAGGCUCCUUCAUGUGCCUGCAGCCUUCCUCCAGGACCAGAAUGGGCCCCUCUUCCCAAUCUGUCCAGUUCGGCUGCGGAAACACGGUGUGUCCUUUAGGCAUGGACUGCAUCAGUAGUAAUGGGAUGCUGCGCUGUGCUGACCCCUGUGAGCACUACACUGUACUUGCUGAUGACUGGCGUGCAACGAAUAACACAUCGAUUGGGAACCCACACUGUGACUCUAAUGUUUACUGGCAAGGCUGGUAUCGCCUCCUUCUGCAGCAAACCAGUGCUCAUAUUCCCGAGAGGUGUAUAGGAAGCAACAGGUGUGGAACUUCUGCUACCAUGUGGAUAACAAAGCCUAAUCCCACGCAAUCAGAGGGAAUUGUAGAGCGCACUGUGUGUAGUUCCUGGUCCAACAACUGCUGCGCUUUUACCUCACAUAGCAUUCAUGUCAAGCUCUGCUAUGGAGACUACUAUGUUUACAAACUUGUGAAGCCAUCCACAUGCGACCUUGGAUACUGUGCAGAGGUUAACAGAACAGAUUCUGCAGUUUUACCAACUUCACCUGAACCGACAUCAGAGUACUUCCCCACCACUCAGGCUCCGACAUCAAUAGUAGGCAACAGCACAGCAGUGAGGCUGGUCAACUCUGACAACCGCUGCUCUGGCAGAGUGGAGGUUUACAAUGACGGACAGUGGGGGACAGUGUGUGACGACGGCUGGGACUUGAUGAACGCCAACGUGGUGUGUAGACAGCUGGGCUGUGGUGCUGCUCUUUCAGCACCAUUACAAGCAGCUUUUGGACAGGGCAGCGGACGCAUCUGGUUGGACGAUGUCAGUUGUUUUGGAAAUGAAUUAUCGAUAACAGACUGCAGACAUCGAGGGUUUGGGGUCCAUAACUGUGCUCAUUCUGAAGAUGCCAGUGUCAUCUGUGAACUUCAGCACACUCCAACCCAGCCUUCUCAUCUUAUUUGUGGCAAUGAUGCACUUCACAUCGGGCUGGAUCUGGCUGACUUCAGAUCCUCUGGUUUGAACCCCUUCUCCGGGAACAUGGCCGCCAGCAACUGCUCCUGGGUCCGAGUGCGCGAUGACGUAGUGUGGUUUGAAGUGGAGGCCACAAGAGGUGCCUGUGGAAACAUAAUGAGGACCAACGGCACACAUGCCAUCUACUUCAAUAGUUUAUUUGUCUAUCCAAUAAACAACGCGUCCUUCUUCGUUCCUGUGAGUCUUCCCUUCUCCUGCGCGUAUCCCCUGGACACCGACACCAGCCUGAAUGUGGCUAUCAGACCAUUCCUGCCGCUGGAUGAGGGCCUUUCAAAGUCUGGUCCCAAAGUCAGAGCCUCCAUGUUUCUGUUCCGCAACUCCAACUACACAGAACCUUAUCCACAGGGCCUGGUCACUGUGCCAGUGGGCUCUCCGUUGUAUGUGGGCGUCUCCGUGGAGAAGAGAGAUCCCAGCUUUGUAGUAGUUCUGGAGGACUGCUACGCCAGUCAUUCAUCAAACCCUGACGGUUCCACACAAUACCCUCUCAUCCAGAACAAGUGUCCCACUGACCGGACACAGGUGUCAGUGGUGGAGAGCGGUUUGUCGCUCCGGGCUCGUUUCUCUGCCCUGAUCUUCCUUUUCCAGAAUGAAUACAGAGAUGUGUACCUUCAUUGCAGCCUCAGCCUGUGUGAAGGGAGGAGCUCCUCUUGUGUUCCACCUUGCAAAAGAAGGAUCUAUCGCUCUGUUUCCAACUCUCAUCCUCUGAGUACCUUGACCAUUGGACCAAUCAUUUGGGAGAAGUCGCCUGAGUGAGCUGUUAACAUACAGUAAUCAUACAAAAAUAUUCCUUAUUGUGAUCUUUGUUAUCCAUAAGACAUAAGAUAAUACAAACUGGUCUUACUGUAUUGUAUGAUACAUCUUAUCACACUUUAUAUCAAUCCUAAAAUAAAAUAAACUAUAGGAGUUAUAAAGAAAUUUACAAUACCAAUAUUUUCUUCUUCUAUUUGUGUAGUACCAGUCCAGUCCUGAAAUGAAUAUAAAAAAUGUGGGCUAUAUGCUUUAUGUAUGCUAUGCUUUUUUGAGAAUACUUCUUUUACACAAAAGCAUGGAUUACUCUUCAGAGCAAAUACCUUUUUUCCAUAUCAUAUGUAGUAUACAAUCACUGUGUAUUAUUGUUGUUGUGUAUCAAACAAAACUCUGUACCUGGAUGGAAUAUGCAGUAGUUAACUAAUUAAAAGUUAAAAAAAUUGC